AGUUCGACAAUAAAAUUCAUUGCCUACCCCAACUUCUGUCUCUGCUCUUUGAUCUUCAGCCAGAUAUAUUGUUUACUCAAUCUGCCCUCUUGCUCUUUGCAUUUUUCAUAUUCAGAGUAGCAUAGCAUAAUCAUCAAUGUCUUCAGAAGCUGAACAGCUCAAGGCACAAGGAAACGCUGCGUUCGCGGCAAAGGACUACGACUCGGCUAUCCAGUCCUUUACCGCUGCAAUUGCGGCCUCUCCCACGCCAAACCACAUCCUGUACUCGAACCGAUCAGGCUCCUAUGCCGCUAAGCACGACUACACCUCCGCGCUCGCCGACGCCGAGGAGUGCAUCAAGAUAAACCCUGCCUGGGCGAAGGGAUACACGCGUAAGGCCGCCGCUCUGCACGGUCACGGAGACCUUGUUGCUGCGCUCGAUGCCUACGAGGAAGCUCUCAAGAUCGAUCCCGCGAACGCGCAGGCAAAGUCUGGUCUGAAGUCUGUCAACGACGCGAUUGCCGCCGAGGCCGCCGAGGACGGCACCACACCCGACAUGGGUCUCGGCCAGAUGUUUGACGACAGCACGAUGUGGGCCAAGCUUGCGGGUAACUCGCAGACAAGCCCAUACCUUGCCGACCCGGCGUUCGUCGAGAAGCUCAAGAAGAUGCAGAAGAACCCACAGUCCAUGAGCCAGGAGAUGAUGUCCGAUCCAAGACUUAUGCAGGUCAUUUCUGUUUUGCUCGGACUCAACAUGCAGAUGCCCAACGGCCCUGGUGGCGACGCGGACGUGCCAAUGUCGGACGCGAAGCCCGCCGAGGAGCCAGCCACGAAGGCGCCCGAGCCUGCUCCUGAGCCGGUACCGGAGCCAGAGCCGGAGGAGGAGGACAAGUCCGCAAAGGCAAAGAAGGAGGCUGAUGCGGAGAAGGCGCUCGGAAACGCCUCGUACAAGUCGCGACAAUUUGACGAUGCGAUUGCGCACUACCAAAAGGCGUGGGAUCUGUUCAAGGACGUGACAUACCUGAACAACCUUGCGGCUGCCGAGUUUGAGAAGGGAGAUCUUGAGGGCUGCAUCAAGACCUGCGAGAAGGCUAUCGAGGAAGGCCGCGAGUCGCGGACGGACUACAAGAUCAUCGCCAAGUCGUUUGGCCGGAUCGGAACCGCGUACCACAAGCUCGGCGAUCUUGAGAAGUCGAUCGAGUACUACAACCGUUCGCUGACCGAGCACCGGACGCCGGACGUGCUCAACAAGCUGCGCGCGGUGGAGAAGGAGAAGAAGCAGAAGGAUAUCGAGGCCUACAUAGAUCCCGAGAAGGCCGAGGCUGCGCGCGAGGAAGGAAACGCGUUUUUCAAGGCUGCGGACUGGCCCGGUGCAGUGAAGGCGUACACGGAGAUGAUCAAGCGCGCGCCCGAGGACGCACGAGGAUACUCUAACCGCGCUGCGGCGUACUCGAAACUGUUGUCGUUCCCCGAGGCCGUGAAGGAUUGCGACAUUGCGAUCCAGAAGGACCCUAACUUUGUGCGCGCCUACAUUCGCAAGGCCAACGCGCAGUUUGCGAUGCGCGACUACGUCGGCUGCUUAGAGACGCUGAAGGAGGCUACGGCGAAGGACAGUACCGGACAGAGCGCGCAUGAGAUUGAGCAGCUGCGGCAGAAGGCGUACACGCAGCGGUUCCAGCGACAGGCGGGCGAGACGGAGGAGCAGGCGAUGGAGCGCAUUAGCAAGGACCCCGAGGUUGUCUCGAUCCUGAGCGAUCCCGUGAUGCAGUCGAUCUUGGGCCAGGCGAAAGACAACCCGAUGGCGCUCAACAACCAUAUGAAGAACCCUGAGGUCAGACGGAAGAUUGAGCUGCUGGUUGCUGCGGGUGUCAUUCGGACAAGAUAGGUGUAAAUAGUUUGGAAUAAAAGUUAUGUAUGUCUGUAUGUCUGUCAGCGGGUUGACAUCAUAGGCCGUAUUUGGUUCGUCGGGUAAGGGUCUGGAUGGCUGCAGAUCGGGCGUAGCUCU